AUGUCUCAACGCUGGCAGGAUUUGGUCGCCGAUAAGCGGCUACGUCAACAAGAGUCGAUCCCGAAAGAGUGGCUGAUAUCUACACCACCGGAUACAGCACUUGAUGUGACCGUCAUCCCAGAGGAAUGUGGUCUGUUAACGGCGAGGGAACUGGAGAUCACCAACACUGUGGAUGUCGGCGCGCUGCUGGACAAGCUCGCCUCUGCCGAAUGGUCGGCGGUGGAGGUGACCACCGCUUUCUACAAGCGGGCGAUCGUCGCACACCAACUUGUCAAUUGCCUGACUGAGAUCUUUGUGGAACGUGCGCUCGCUCGUGCCAAGGAAUUGGAUGAGCAUCUGAAGACGACGGGCAAGGUCGUUGGCCUUUUGCACGGGCUUCCUAUCUCGCUGAAGGAUCAGCUAUGCAUCAAAGGCCUAGAAACCACGAUGGGAUAUGUGUCCUGGAUCGGCAAGUAUGCCGAGAAGAAUGCUACGCUCGUUGAUAUUCUGUAUGACUGUGGGGCUGUUCCGUUUGUACGGACCAAUAUCCCUCAGACGUUGAUGUGGCCAGAAACGUACAAUCUGAUAUUCGGUCGAACAGUCAACCCCGCCAACCGGAACCUUACCUGUGGGGGCUCGUCCGGUGGCGAAGGGGCCUUAAUCCACCUGAAGGGUAGUCCUCUCGGUGUUGGUUCGGAUAUUGGAGGCUCCAUCCGCAUACCGGCUCUCUUCAAUGGCCUAUACAGCUUACGACCAUCGUAUGGGCGUAUACCAUACGAAGGUGCUGUCAAUUCGAUGGUUGGCCAAGACUCUAUCCCGUCUGUCCUCGGCCCGCUAUCCAAUAGCCUGAGCGGUGUGAAGGCAUUCAUGCAAGCUGUCAUCAGUCAAAGCCCGUGGACGAAAGACCCGCUCUGCGUGAGGAAGAAAUGGGAUGAUGAAGCGUACGCGCUUUCUGAACACGGAGGCGGAUCGACCCUUUGCUUCGCCAUCCUGUGGAAUGACGGCAUCGUAGUACCGCACCCGCCAGUCAUCAGAGCUUUGGAGAUGACGCGAGACGCAUUACGCGCGGCUGGUCACAAAGUUGUCGAUUGGCAACCAAUCAAGCACCUUGAACUGACAAACACUAUCUCUGCCAUAUGGAAAGCAGGCGCAGCAGAAGAUUUCCAAGUUACUACCUCGGAGACUGGCGAACCGAUCAUCUCAACGAUGAGCGUUGUCGAAGGUGUCGGCGAGCCGGACAUGUCCGUACGGCCUGACCCGACGGGCAUAUCUGCGUAUGCGCUGUGGCAGAUUCAGAAAGCUAGGGCAGAUCUUCGGAAGGAGUAUCUGGACCACUGGCAGAAGACGGCUGAGAUCUCAGGCACUGGUCGACCUGUGGAUGCUAUCAUCUCACCUGGAGCACCCUUCGUAGCCCCUCCGCAUGGCAGGAACAAUUACUCGAACUAUACCAAGGUCCUGAAUGCCUUGGACUACCCUGCUGUCACAUUCCCAGUGACCAGGGUCGAUCUCAGUUUGGACGCGAAGAAGCCUGCCCACCAGUUCCUCAGCGAGACGGAUGAAGCAAUAUACAGUUGGUAUGAACCUGCGCUCUCUCAGAAUGCACCUGUGGCCUUGCAGCUUGUCGGUCGGACGUUGGAGGAAGAGGCGGUGAUUGCGAUGACCGAGAUAGUGGACGCCGCACUCAAGGCGAAGGCGGCAUUGUGA